GUGUGUGUUAAAAACACUCCCCCUUCUCCUCCUCUAUAAUUUGGUGAUGACAUUCCAGCCUGCUCGCUGAAGUUCUCGCACGGUUUGGGAAUCAGCUGGAAAACACGUGAAAACUCAGUUUGCGGUCAUGCCGAACUGGGGCGGAGGAAAUCAAUGCGGCGCGUGCCGAGGGACGGUGUACCACGCUGAAGAGGUCCAGUGUGACGGGAGGAGCUUUCACAAGAGCUGCUUCCUCUGCAUGGUCUGCAGAAAGGGGUUAGACAGCACCACGCUGGCCAUCCACGACCAAGAAAUCUACUGCAAGUCCUGCUACGGGAAAAAGAACGGCCCGAAAGGAUACGGCUACGGUCAGGGAGCAGGGACGCUCAACAUGGACCGAGGGGAGAGACUGGGCAUCAAACCAGAAGAAACCCAAACUCACCGACCCACCACCAACCCAAACCCGUCCCGGUUGGCGCAGAAGUUCGGCGGCUCGGAGAAGUGCGCUCGCUGCGGAGAGUCCGUGUACGCCGCCGAGAAAGUGAUGAGCGCUGGGAAGCCGUGGCAUAAGAACUGCUUUCGCUGUGCCAAGUGUGGGAAGAGUUUGGAGUCGACCACUCAGACGGAGAAAGACGGAGAAAUCUACUGCAAAGCCUGUUACGCGAAGAACUUCGGCCCCAAAGGAUUUGGAUACGGUCAGGGAGCAGGAGCCCUGGUUCACGCUCGGUGAUCGGCGGGACUUUGUACGUUGUUUUAAUGUUGCAGCACACACUAAUUUCAAAAAAAAAAAAAAAAAAAAAAAGAAAAAGAUUUUGCAUAAAGAAAAAAUCCAUUGAAUUAUAUUUUCAUGACAAUUAAGCAGAUUUAGUCUCAUUUUCAUAAAUGUAAGAGAUUGAUUUUAUAUAAUUAGAUGAAGUACUUAAUUGAUAUGAAAUAAUUUGUAUUAUAUUAUAUACAAAUUUUCUGUAAUAUAAUAAAUUACUGGAAAAAGUCCAAAUUGGAAAACAAUUUUAAAUUUCUAUUAUUUUUUUUUUUUCACCAUUUCCAUGAACUCCAGGGUGUUAAUUGUUCAUCGAGGACAAGUUAUAUUUUUUCACAUUUCCUCCCAAAUCAUUACCAUAAUGUACCGUAUGUAAAUCAUUUAUUUUUAAAUAUUUUAAUAAUAAAAAAAUAUUCAAGUUUAUAUAGUAGUUUGUGAAAUAACAAAACCACCAAAUUACCGUAAUGAAAAUUUUUAUAUAUAUAUAUAUAUAUAUAUAUAAAAUUUUAAUUAAAUGAGCCCAAUUUCCCAUUUCAAUUACCAUAAUGUAAAUAUUUUUAAAUCAAGCUACAUUGAUAACUUUUUAUGGAUUAAGAAAAUACCGUAUUACCUACCAUCUUUCAAAUAAUGGUCCUAAAAAAAAUAAGGUUAUAUUUCUUUAUGCAAAAUGUCCUCUUUUAUACCCUCUUCUGGCGUUAAUGUUUCAUAGAGCAGUCACUGCACAAAACAUUCAGGAGGCAAACAUGUUCAAUGUGAAAUAAACCCCUCGCUCCGUCAGUGAAAACUAACGCACAGGCCUUUCACCUUCGAAUGUUUUAUUAAUAAAGCCAUUAAAAUUGAACCAUGCCCAAUAAGUUACAUCUGAAGCAGAGUAGGGUGACGUCCUGAUCUCAGCUGAGGCACUGGAGAUGAGCAUGUGCUUUUCACAUGGUGGGAAAACAGCCGGCCGAACCGUAAAGGCAGAGGAACAACAGAGUGAAUAUAUUCUCUAAAAACAGUGUCACGUGAAUGAAUGAAUGAAUGACCGUCACUGUGCCUAAUCUGCUCACGUCUACUUCUUCUCUCGCAUUUACAGUUUGUACAUCCAGUGGUACAACAAACCCAGCAACGAAACGUACAAAAGAAACCUUUUAGGCUGAAUAUUAAUGGGACAUUCAGAUAUAAUACAUCUGCAGAGCUCCGGUCGGCCCCGGAGCAUGAGGGACACACGAGAACGAUACACACAUCGGGUUUAAAAUGUAAAAACCAACUGAAAAGGGAAGGGGAAAAAAAACCCCAGUUGCAAAUACUGAACAUUCACUAUUUACAAGACGGGGCGUCUUUCGGGCGACAGGGUGAUCACUAUGUCCAGGCUUUACACAUGCAGUGGACGCUUGCAAGGUCAAAGGUCUAUACACAGCGGUGCCAGACGCCACUAAAAGCUACAGUCAUACACUUUGAUAAGUCGAUUUUUUUUGGUUUUUCGCUUUUUGGUAAGACAUAAAAAAAAAAUCAGGAGCAGCUUCAACUAACACGGACGAAAAUUAAAAAAAACCCCAACAAAAGUCACUCACA